AUGGAGUCUUAUCGGAGAAGACUGCUUGCUAGAACGGUAGAUGAUCGUGCUGAAACCAAUCCCAACCAACGAUUUGCGGUAAUUCCACAGGGAUCAGAAAUAAGCAAUGGGUUCCAAGAUCUUUCAAUCAAAGACCUAGCACGGACCGUAAACUUCAUGUGCUGGUGGAUUGAAAGUAUCAUUGGACCGGCAGAAUCCCCAGAGACGUUAACCUACAUGGGGAGCAAUGAUAUACGCUAUUUUAUAUUUAUUCUUGCAUGCCAGAAGACUGGAUACCAGGCCUUCUUACCUUCCACCAGGAACUCGGACGAAGGCUAUGUUCAUCUACUGAAAGCGACAAACUGCACCAAGUUCUUCUUCAGCGAGGAGCGACAGACACGAACCCUGGAGAUUCAGGGACUUAUUUCGGCAUUGGAAAUCUUCCAGGUCCCGACUAUGAAGAAAAUUCUCGGCGAUGAGAGUGGUCUGCACCACUAUUCAUAUACCAAGUCUUAUCCCGAUGCAGAGAAUGACAUAACGUGCAUCCUUCAUAGCUCUGGGACGACAGGCAUGCCAAAGCCGGUGUAUCUCACCAACGGCUACUUCAUGACCAUAGAUUUUAGUUCUCAUCUCCCAAGGCCUCCAGGUCGUCAACCAUCUAUGUUCCACAAUCUUGAUCAAACUGACCUUGUGCUGGCUACGGCACCAUUCUUCCAUCUACUGGGACUUCUAGCAUCCGUGUACUCAGUGUGGUUCGAAGUUCCCGCCCUCGUCAGCCCAGACAAGCCACUCUCCGUCGAUCAUAUGAUAGAGCUGCUACGGACUGCCCACCCCACAGUCGCAUUCUGCGUACCCUCGAUCCUGGUAGACAUGAGCUACUCCGAGAAAGCACUAGCUUGUUUGAAAGAACUCAAGUCAAUCUACUUCGGCGGCGCUCCUCUGUUCCACGAAACUGGAGAGAUACUGCGCAAAUAUACGCAGCUCAUAUCAAUAACUGGAAGCAGCGAGGCUGCCGUGAUUCCAGCGCUGGUGCCGGAAGACCCAGCCAACUGGGGCUAUUUUGAAUGGAACGAAGCCUACGGGGUCGACAUGCACGAUGUCGGGGAAGGUAUAUUUGAGAAGGUGAUUUCUCGACAGGAGAAUGCUCGCGGCUUCAAGGGGAUUUUUCACACAUACCCUGACAUCAAUGUGUAUCGAACCAACGAUCUAUAUACCCCACACCCGACGAACCCACAUCUGUGGAAGUUCUAUGGGCGUAAGGAUGAUGUGAUUGUUCUAAGCAACGGCGAGAAGUUCACUCCUGUCGGGAUGGAGACUAUCAUUGAAGGACAUCCGCUAGUAAGAAAGGCGGUUAUUGUCGGCCAGUCUCGGUUCCAGGCUGGGUUGCUCGUCGAGCCCAGUCAUGGAGGACCGGGUAUGGACGCAAAGGCUUUUGUUGAAGAGAUCUGGCCGACGGUGCAAGUGGCCAACCAGACCAUUGCGGCUCAUGGACGGGUGAUGAAGAACAGGAUCUGGCUCGCAGUGAAGACGAAGCCAUUUAAGACGACUCCUAAAGGUAGCGUACAGCGCCACGCUGUGCUUCGAGACUACCGGAAAGAGAUCGAUGCAAUGUAUGCCGAAGACCCCGAGGAUGACUUGAACCAGUGUCUGCCAGAGACGUUGGACCAUGAGAGUGUUACAGAGUAUAUCCGCCAGACUAUUACCCGUGUUCUGGAGAAACCCAAGAUCGCAAAUGCCCAGAACCUUUACUCUGCUGGUCUGGAUUCUCUGAUGACCUUUCAUGUCUCUCGGGUGUUGCAAAAGGGCAUCCAGCUAUGUCAGCCAGAUGGGAAAGCAGGAGCCAUCGAUGCCCAAAUGAUCUAUCGCAACCCAACAAUUGACCGAUUGUCUCAAGCCAUAAUGGCCAUCUUAGAUGGAAAACCCCAAGCUGGUAUCCCGCGAGCAGAGAAGAUCCAGGGUCUGGUAGAAAAGUAUACGUCCGAUCUUCCGGCGCGGGAAGUCUACCCUCAGAGUGGAUUGCAUUCGCCUUCGACUGUGAUACUGACUGGUUCAACUGGCUCACUGGGAACCUAUCUACUGCAUUCUCUGCUAAGCAGUGAUUCCAUCACUAAGGUUUACUGCCUCAAUCGUUCAGAUGCUGAAUCUCGGCAGAAGAGAGGUUUCGGGGAGAAAGGAUUGCAUCUUGACGCAAGCAACUGGAAAGAUAAGGUUGAAUUCCUACAGGCCUCAUUUGGAGAACCACGAUUCGGGCUGAAUGAGUCCAAGUACGAAGAACUCCUCGACUCAGUUGACACCAUCGUCCACAACGCCUGGAAAGUCGACUUCAACCAUUCCGUCGAUUCCCUCGAGGACACUCACAUCCAAGGCGUACGACGAUUUAUAGACUUUAGCUUGAGCAGCCGCAGCAACGCUCAUUUUCACUUUAUCUCCUCAAUUAGUACGGUAGGCGCUUGGACCCCAGAAAUGGGAGCCUCGAUCCCAGAAGUACCUAUGGAGGACAUUGCCGUAGUUCUUCCGCAAGGCUACGGCGAAUCUAAGUACAUUGCCGAGCGUAUCUGUCUCGAAGCCUCACAAAGAUCUCAUAUCCCCACGUCAGUGUAUCGGGUCGGACAAAUCGCCGGACCGACCACCGCGCGCGGACAAUGGAAUCCGCAGGAAUGGCUACCGACAAUUAUCGCGACAUCCAAAGUGAUGGGUAAAAUCCCUAACCGAUUGGGCUCGACCGCGGUCGAUUGGGUGCCGGUGGAUACUGUAUCCAAUAUUAUAGUAGAAAUUAUCAACACACGUCAUAGGGACUCAUCCGAAGCACGGUGUGCCGUGUUUCAUCUCACGAAUCCCGAACGAACACUAUGGUUGUCGUUGAUACCGGCAAUCCAAAGACAGUAUGCGGUCGAGCCAGUUGCAUUUUCUGCGUGGAUUGCCGAUCUAGAAAGUAUAACCAAUCCUAGUAGUGCGGAUAUUGCUUCAAAGCCCGCGCUCAAGCUACUAGAUUUCUACCGCGGGCUACAAGACGAGGGUAGUGCCCUGUCUGUGGCGCUGGAUGUCCGACGGGCGAAAGAGGCAAGUGUCAGCAUGAGAGCCCUAGGCCCGAUCUCUUCCUCGCUGAUGCGAAAUUGGCUGCAACAAUGGAAAUUUUGA